UUUUCAUCACAUCCGAUCAGAGCUCGGAUGCCAUAAUAAAAAAUAAAUAAGACACCGAGCUCUGAAAAAAAAAAAAAAAGAAGGAACAUAGGAAAAUAAAUAGUUAAUUAAACUAUUUAUGGGGGACUCCAAAUCGAGAGUCGUCGUCCUCGCCGUCCUCGCCACCGUGCUCCUUUUGGCGGCGGUGAUCGCCGCGGUCGUGGUCUUCUCGAAGGGCGAAGAGAAGCACGAUGGCGGCAAGGGCGGCGGCGGCAGCGUCGUCGUCUCGGCCUCUAAAGCGGUGAAGCUCGUGUGCUCCCCGACGGACUACAAGGAGACCUGCGAGAAGAGCCUCGCCGGCGCCAACACCACCGACCCCAAGAAGCUGAUCGAGGCGGCGUUCGACGCCACCGUCGGCAGCAUCAUGGGGGCGCUCGAGAGCUCCGCCGAGCUGAAGAAGGUCGCCACCGACCCCUCCACCAAGGGCGCCUUCGACGUCUGCGACGAGGUGCUGCACAACGCCGUCGACGAUCUGAAGAGCUCGAUCACGAAGGUCGCGCACUUCGACGCCGGCGAGGCCAAGGCCCUCGCCGCCGACCUCCGCACGCGCCUCGCCGCCGUCGGGGACGACCAGGAGACGUGCACCGACGCCUUCGAGAACACCACCGGCGACACCGGGGAGAAGAUGAAGGCCCUAUUGAAAACCGCUAAGGAGAUGUCGAGCAACGGCCUCGCCAUGGUGAGCGACCUCUCCGCGAUCCUCGGAUCGCUGCAGCUGGCGAAGUUCCUCGGCGGCGGCGGCGGCGGCGGCGGAAGCGCGAGGAGGCUCAUGGCGGAGGAAGCCGGCGAUUUCGUGGAUCGGAGGAUCCUGAAGGUGGCGGCGUUGAAGCCGACGAUGGUGGUGGCGAAGGACGGGAGCGGGCAGUUUAAGACAAUCUCGGCGGCGUUAAAGACGCUGCCGAAGAAGAAUAAUGAGACGUUCAUCGUGAUUCAUAUCAAAGCCGGCGUGUAUGCGGAGACGGUGAUCAUUCCGAAGAAGGUGAAUAAGGUGGUGUUGCUCGGAGACGGCCCGAAGAAGACGGUGAUCACCGGAAAAUUGAGCUUCGCCGGAGGUGUUAAGACCUACCACACCGCCACCGUUGCGGUCAAUGCCGACGAAUUCAUCGCCAAGGACCUAACGAUCGAGAACACCGCUGGGUCGGCCGGCCACCAAGCGGUGGCGCUGCGCGUCUCCGGCGACCGGGCCGUCCUCUACAACGUGAACAUGUUCGGCUACCAAGACACCCUCUACGCCCACAAAUACCGCCAGUUCUACCGCAGCUGCGUCAUCUCCGGCACCAUCGACUUCAUCUUCGGCGACGCCCUCGCCAUCUUCCAAGACUGCACCUUCGUCGUGCGCAAGCCCGGUCCGAACCAGGCUUGCAUGGUGACCGCCCAGGGCCGCAUAGACCCACGCAGCCCGGGCGGUUUCGUCCUCCAGAGCAGCCGGAUCGUGGCCGAGCCGGCCCUUCAGACCGCCAAGCCGGCCGUGAAGGUGUACCUCGGCCGGCCGUGGAAGGAGCUCUCGAGGACGAUCAUCAUGCACUCCGACAUCGGCGGGUUCAUUGACCCGACCGGCUGGUCGCCCUGGACCGGGGAUUUUGCGAUCAACACGUGCUACUACGGCGAGUACGAGAACAAGGGGGCCGGUUCGGACACGUCGGGCCGGGUGACUUGGAAGGGCAUCAAGAAGAUCACGUCGAAGAUUGCUCAGAGCUGGACCGGCGGCGCCGCCUACGGCGACGAUUCUUGGAUCAAGGCGGCGGGAGUCCCUUAUGUUCCUACCAUGAUGCAAGUUUGAGAGUGUAGAACUUGUAAUGGUUGAUAUUAUCAGUUUUAAUGAAAUUUAAAAUAGUAUUGAUGUGUCAA